AUGAAGCGCAUCUUCUCCUGCUCCAGCUCGCAGGUGGCGGUGGAGAGAUGGAACCGCCGUGAUCAGAAGUUGCUGGAGGCAGUGCAGCGGGGGGAUGUGGGACGCGUGGCCGCCCUGGCCUCCAGGAAGUCUUCCCGGCCCACCAAGCUCAACUCGAACGGCCAGUCCCCGUUUCACCUGGCGGCCUCCAAGGGCCUGACCGAAUGUCUGACUGUUCUGCUUGCAAAUGGCGCCGACAUCAACAGCAAGAAUGAAGACGGAAGCACCGCCCUGCACUUGGCCACCAUCUCCUGCCAGCCACAGUGUGUCAAGGUCUUGCUGCAGCAUGGCGCCAACGAGGACGCUGUGGAUGUGGAAAACCGCAGCCCGUUGCACUGGGCAGCCUCCUCUGGCUGCGCCUCCAGUGUGCUCCUGCUGUGCGACCACGAAGCCUUCCUGGACGUCCUGGAUAAUGAUGGACGGACACCCCUGAUGAUUGCUUCGCUGGGUGGUCACGCGGCGAUUUGCUCACAGCUGCUGCAGAGAGGCGCCCGGGUUAACGUCACAGACAAGGAUGACAAGUCGGCUCUGAUCCUGGCCUGUGAGAAAGGUAGUGCAGAGGUGGCAGAGCUGCUCCUGAGCCAUGGGGCCGACGCAGGGGCGGUGGACAGCGCGGGGAACGACGCCCUGCACUACGCCCUGCGCACGCAGGACCGCGCGCUGUGGAGGCUGCUGAGGCAGGCCCUGAGCCGGCGGCGGCGGGGAGGUCAUGGGCUAGUUCAACACCCGGAUGCUGCAUCCAAGGCCUCUCUAUUAGACUCUCAGGUGGGUUCUCCACCCAAGAGUCCAUGGAAAGCAGAGCCUGGCGAGGAGCAGGAACAAGAGGAGGAUGAAGUCCCAUGUUCAGAUGAGUGGCGGUGGAAGUUUGAGGAGGAGCAGCAGAAAGUGUCUCAGCUGGAGCAGGAGCUGGAGCAGAAGAUAGAAGAGUGUAAGGCCCAGGCGGCAGCCUACCUGAACCUGGAGAACCAGAUUCGAGAGCAUGUGCAAGAUCUGGGAGUCCUCUUAUUCCAAGACACUGGCGCUGCAGGGGGACAGGGCUCUCAUCUCCGAUCUGGGGGAGAUGGCAUGGAGCAGGGGUGUCCCCUGGACAUGCUGGCUGAGCGCAUACAAGAGCUGAGGAAGCAACAGCAGGCGGCAGCUGCAGCCUCGGCCACAGCAAAGCCCGUAUCAGAGUCCAAGAAGCCUGAGGAUUCGGCCCCAGGAGAGACCCAGUAUGAAACCAAUGGAGAGUCUCAUCCCGAAGAACAGGUCCUCCCCCAGAGCCCACAGUCUGAGGCCAUUGGGAAAGCCACAGGACAGCAGCUGGCCACCAAUGCAGGACAGGUCCUUGGCCCUGAUCCUACUGACCAGCUGCAUGCAAGCCAGAAAGAGAGACCCCAAAGACCCCAAGCCUCGGGGGCUGAACCAGCAGACUCAGUGGCUGAACCUGUGGGUUCAGCAGCCAUGAACCAACUCCUGCUACAACUGAGGGAGGAGCUGGCUGCCGUGUGGCAAGAAAAGGAUGCUGCCAGAGGGGCUUUGUCAAGACCAGUCCUAGAGGGAGCCAUGGGGACACCUCGGGCCGAGGCUGCAGCAGCUGCCUGGGAGAAGAUGGAGGCCAGGCUGGAGAAGGUGCUGGUGAGGCUGGAUCGGGCAAAGGCAGGACUACAGGUGAAACCUGAAGCCCCUGCCCAGGAGGUUAGAGAGGCACCCCCAAAGGCACCUCGGAGGCUCACUGCUGCCUUGGAUGAAGGGAGGGAGAAAAGGGCUCCGGGGGCGCGGGGGGAGCCUCUAGGGGCCCCUGGAGGGGAGCCCGUGUCAGGAGGCCCUGCAAAGGGACAGCUGGAGAAGGAGGUGUCAGCGCUGAGACUGAGCAACAGUAAUUUGCUGGAGGAGUUGGGGGAACUGGGGCGGGAGCGGCAGCGAUUGCAGGGCGAGCUGCAGACCCUGAGCCAGCGGCUCCAGCGGGAGUUCGUGCCCAAGCCAGAGGCGCAGGGCCAGCUGCAGCAGUUACGGCGGAGUGUGGGGCUUCUGACCCAUGAGCUGGCCUUGGAGAAGGAGGCCACCGAGAAGCUGCGGGAGCGCCUGGCCUCCCAGAGCAGUGGCCUCCGGGGGCUGUGGGACUGCCUGCCCCCAGACCUCGUGGGCAAGGGGCCUGUGGGGAGCAGCACCGCCCAGCCCCUGGAGGAGCUGCAGGCCUGCAUCAGCACCCUGGUGGACCGGCACCGCCAGGCCCAGCAGCUGCUGGCCCGGCUGGAGGAGGAAAACCAGCAGCUGCGGGGGUCCCCUGCCCCACUUGGGGAGCCAAGCACUUCUUCAAAGGCCCCAGCGGCUCCCCAAGUCGCCGCUCUGGAGCAAGACCUGGGGAAGCUGGAGGAGGAGCUGCGGGCCGUGCAGGCCACCAUGAGCGGGAAGAGCCAGGAGAUCGGGAAGCUGAAGCAGCUGCUGUACCAGGCCACGGAGGAGGUGGCCGAGCUGCGCGCGCGGGAGGCGGCCAGCUUGCGGCAGCACGAGAAAACUCGGGGUUCGCUGGUGGCUCAGGCCCAGGCAUGGGGGCAGGAGCUGAAGGCUCUGCUGGAGAAGUACAACACGGCCUGCCGCGAGAUGGGCCGGCUGCGCGAGGCCGUGGCCGAGGAGCGGCGCCGCAGCGGGGACCUGGCCGCGCGCGCCGCCGAGCAGGAGCGCCAGGCCAGCGAGAUGCGGGGGCGCUCGGAGCAGUUCGAGAAGACGGUGGAGGUGCUCAAGGAGAAGAUGGAGCACCUCAUUGGGGCUUGUCGGGACAAGGAGGUCAAGAUCAAGGAGUUGUUAAAGAAGCUGGAACAGCUUUCGGAGGAGGUUCUAGCAGUUAGGGGAGAAAAUGCUCGCCUUGCCCUGCAGGUGCAGGAUUCACAGAAGAACCAUGAAGAGAUCAUCUCCACAUACAGGAAUCAUCUGUUGAAUGCUGCUCAGGGCUACAUGGAACAGGACGUGUACAACAUCCUGCUUCGGAUCCUCAGCAUGCAGGAGGGGGAAUAAGAGCGCCCUUGGUUGGCAGAGGCUCCAUCAGGCUG